AUGGUCAAACCCACGGUCCUGAUUGUCGGUACUCCUGACACCAAGCUCGACGAGAUCCUGUACCUGAGAGGCCAGAUCCUCGCCGAGAACACCUGCAAUACCAAGGUCCUCAAUGUAAGUCACAGCACGCCGGCGAAGGUGAGGACGCGUCUGGACAACCUCGCCGCCGACGAGGUCAUCUCACCGCUCGAAGAACAUAGCUCGACCUUGAAAGAUGUGUCCCGAGGUGAAUACAUCGACAAAGCCAUUGAGCUAUGUACGCCCGUGGUGAAAGAUCUGGUCUCCAAGGCCGCCGUCCACGGCAUCGUCUCUGCAGCUGGCAGUAGUGGCUCAUCGCUCGCCACGGCCUUGAUGCGACACGCCUGUCCGGUGGGAUUCCCGAAACUGAUGGUCUCGACCAUGGCCAGCGGCGACAUCAAGCACUAUGUCGAGGAGACGGACAUCACGAUGAUGUACAGCGUGGUCGAUAUCGCGGGGAUCAACUCGAUCCUCAAGCGCAUCCUCUCCAACGCCGCCGCCGCCAUUUCGGCCAUGACCGUCUCGUUCGCCAAAUCUCUCGUGGACGCCUCUGCCGUGGAGGCCAAGGGCAAACGCAUCGCCAUCACCAUGUUCGGCAACACGACUCCGUGCGUGGAUGCCGUACGCCAAAUCCUGACGUCCGCGCCCCACGACGCCUCGGACUAUGAAAUCUACGUCUUCCACGCGACCGGCUCGGGUGGCCGUGCCAUGGAACGCCUCAUCGCCGAAGGACAGAUCGACGCGGUCGUCGACCUGACCACGACCGAGAUCCCGGAUGAGCUCUUCGGCGGCGUUCUCUCGGCAGGACCGGACCGUCUCGAGGUCGCAGCCAAGAAGGGCAUCCCUCUGGUCGUCUCGGUCGGGGCGUGUGACAUGGUGAAUUUCGGCCCCAAAGACAGCGUGCCGGAGAAGUACAAGGACCGCAAGCUCUUUGUGCACAACCCAGCCGUGACGCUGAUGCGGACCACGCCCGAAGAGAACGCCCAGAUCGGCCAGUUCAUCGUGGACAAGCUCGCCACCCACGCGAGCAACCCCAGCGCGAUUCGCGUCCUCCUCCCCGAAAAGGGAAUCAGUAUGCUUGACGCGCCCGACAAACCUUUCCACGAUCCGCACGCCGACAAGGCACUGUUCGAGACGAUUGAAGAGGGCCUCGAGGCCACCAAGAUUGACGUGGAGAGACACGAUCUGCAUAUCAACGACGAAGUCUUCGCAGGCCACGUCGCGAGUGCCAUCCUGGAAGUCAUGGGCGUGACACAGCGGUACUAUCGACUUGCAAACGCACGCCGCCGGAAAUGGAGCUUCGACCACGGCGCGAGCGUCAUGUUGGCGAGGAAGAAUUCCCAGAUUGAGAUUCCCGAUGCCUGA